AUGGAACCCGUCAACAAAUCUGGAAAACGGAGACAUGGAAGACGUAAAAAUGGCACGCCGCGCCGCCACGGGGCUCCCCCGGACCGCCACAUGUUGCCGGCUGCCGCCGUCCGGAGCCCGGAGCAGCUGGACGACCGACAGCGUCUGACGGCGCUCCACGUGGCCUGCCUCUACGGCCAGAUGGCGACGGUCCACCAGCUCCUCGCGGAGUCCAGGCCCGGAUGGGAAUGGAUCGACAUGGGCGACCUCGUGGGCCGCCGGCCCGUUCACAUGGUGCUGUCGACCCGGAGCUCGCCCAACACCUCCUCCUGCCUCGCCUACCUGGUGGAGCUCGGGGCCGACGUCAACGCAACCUCGGACACGGGGACGACCCCGCUGCACCUGGCCGCCUCCGAGGGGCUGCUGGACUGCGCCGAGACCCUCGCGCGGGCCGGAGCCGACGUGUGGGCCCAGGACAGCAGGGGACACACCCCUCUGGAUUUGGCCCACAUCUGGUGCCACAGGAAGAUGGCGAGGUAUCUGAAAAACUGGAUGUGGCAGUCCGGAAAGAAGAAAGAGAUGCAGCAGAGGAAGCUGGUUCAAAGUCUGUACGGCGACCUCGUGGAUGAGGUCAAACUGAACCGUCUCAAUAAAAAGCCACUAGUAGACGAGAAGACGGCAGAGUGGGCGAACAAAAAGGGUCUUCCUCCCCUGAAGGAGUUCUCCCCCAGUGUCUCGGCGAGUCAGUACCACACCAAGUGCCUCUCGUCAGUCCAGGACCAGAGCACCUCCGCUGGGCGACCUGCUCCGGCCUCACUCUCCAGACCCUGGACCAUCUUCACGGGGGGCCUCCAGCCGGAGGAGCCCCUCAGAGAGCCGGACCUCCGGGAGGGAGUCACGGUGUGGAGGGACAGCAGCAGCAGCGUGCGGCCUCUGUACGCGACGCAGUGGGACGGCAGCCAUCGCCCCGCCCCCGACGUGUCUCUGGACGUCCUGGAGAGGGUGUUGUUCCCCAGAGCUUUCCCCUCCAGGAUCGCCUCCCUUCGGCACUUUGAGCCACGGGACAUUGUGGAGGUCCAGCACAGAGGAUACCCUCAGGGCCGGAGCACCUCCCCCUGGACAGAGGUGGCCAUGCACCUGCCUGAAGUGCUGGAGCCCGGACACUACUGA